CAUAUAACCCCGAAAAGAUCUGUAAAACUCAUCGAAAUAAAAAAUGCAGACUGCUCUAACCUUUGCCCCAAGCCUUGUUCCUUUGACGCCUUCAAGGAACAUCUCGCAGGUAGCCAGCUUUCCUCCCAAAGUAACUGCCUCCCUUAAUUCCAAACGUGGCUCUCCGAUCAAAGUUGCGACCGUUUCAUAUGACACUUCCACUGUUGAUUACAGCUCUCAGACAUCAGUGUUUCCUGCUGAAGCGUGUGAAACCAUUGGAGGGGAAGCAUGUUCGGCAGACAUGUACCCUGAGGUGAAGCUGGAGCCCCAACCCAGCAAUGACACUCCACGAACAGAGAACGUCGAAAGAGAGUAUCUUGAGUAUAGUGAAGCGAAGACGGUUUUCCGAGGAGAAGCUUGUGAUGAUCUUGGAGGAAUUUUCUGCGAGCGUGAGUAUCAGAGGGGGGUCUACUAGGGAAUAAAAAUGCAUCCUAUUAACCCGAAUCCAGCUAGAUCUCAACCGGAUGUAAUGGUUAUGUUUGUAUAUAGUAUAGACCUCUUCUUAAACUAUGUCCCAUUUUCUUUAUAAUGAAAUAGUACGCUUAAAUUUGUAAGCU